AUGGCCAACCUUCAGCCCUCCUGGGUUCUGGGUGUUCCGGGCCCCGACACAUCCGCAUCGCCGCGAACAAUGCGAACACUCCGGAAGAUCCAAUCCCACCAAGUGCUGUCCACCUCCAGCGCCCUAAUUGCUCAAACUCAGACCUCUCACCACUCUGGUCCCUAUGAAAACCAGCUUGAAUCACCAGCAGUUCCUGGGACUGCAACACGUGCGCGCGCACAUCGCCGAGCUCGAUCAAAUAGCGAUGCGGCUUCUCGUGAAGCUCGAGAAGUGGUGAUAAUACCCCCUGUGACCCAGAGACGACCCGCUCGCAAAACAGGGUCAGGGAUUGGGAUCAAACGGUCACUCCUAGAGAACUUUUUGCGCGAUGGACCGCAACACGAAAACCCCAACGAGGGACUUCGAGAGCUGAAAUACCUUGUUCUGUCUUGCAGAGUCGAUGCUGACGGAGAUGGAAUGUCGCCGUACCGAAUCUACCUCUGGUUAAUCCUUCUCGACAUUCCUCCCAUGCCUACCGACGAUUACCUUGCUCUUAUUCACCGCGGCCGCUCUCCCGCUUACGCCAAAAUCCGUAAUGACACCUUCCGCACACUAGCCACAGACCCUCUAUUCAAACGCCGAGUCACCGAAGCAAGCUUGAUUCGACUACUUAAUGCCGUGGCAUGGAAACUUCAUGAUUCCAGGCCAAAACCCCGGUCUCGACCGACAUCCUCUCGACGUCGCGAGAUGGAGCUUCGAAUGGAUGCACCGCCCAGCAUCGCAGAGCAAUCCAUAUGCGAUGAAGAGUUGAGGAAGCCCACGAACAAUACUCCGAUUGACACAGCCAUGUACGUCCAAGGCAUGAAUGUCUUAUGCGCACCAUUCCUCUAUGCUGCCCGUAGUGAGGUGGAAGCAUUUGCAUUGUUCCAUUAUUUCGUCACGCGCGAAUGCCCUGGUUAUAUCCGUGGAGCCAUGGAUGGGGUACAUAAAGGUCUUCGUUUAGUAGACCGAUGUCUUGAGAUUGUGGAGCCCAAACUUGCCGCAUAUCUGUUCUCCAAGGGAAUGCACGCUGAGCUGUAUGCAUUCCCAUCAGUAUUGACCCUUUGCGCCUGCACACCUCCACUGCCCGAGGUGUUGCAUCUAUGGGAUUUCUUGUUCGCAUAUGGCCCCCACUUGAACAUCCUGUGCAUUGUCGCCCAGCUAAUCCGCAUGCGCGACCAAAUCUUCGAGUGUCCGAGCCCGAAUAAAAUUCUUCGCUCAUUCCCUCCCCUUGAUGCGAAGGAGAUCAUUGCACUGACGGUUCUUAUCGUCCGCAAGAUCCCAGGGGAACUUUAUGCAGAAAUGAUUACCCAUGCAAAAUAG